CGAGCAGAGCAGAGAGCAGCGCGCCCGGCCGCGCUCCCCGUGCCUACCGUGCCUCCACGCCCGGCGCCGCGCAGCCUCCCGCCGGCUGUACGCUCCAGGCCUCAAUGAGGAGCCCAAACAUGGAGACAUUCAAGCAGCAGAAGGUGGAGGACUUCUAUGACAUCGGGGAGGAGCUGGGGAGCGGCCAGUUCGCCAUCGUGAAGAAGUGCCGAGAGAAGAGCACGGGGCUGGAGUACGCAGCCAAGUUCAUCAAGAAGCGGCAGAGACAGGCCAGCCGGCGGGGUGUGUGCCGGGAGGAGAUCGAGCGGGAGCCAGAAAACAUUAUGUUGUUGGACAAGAAUAUUCCCAUUCCACACAUCAAGCUGAUUGACUUUGGCCUGGCUCAUGAAAUAGAAGAUGGAGUUGAAUUUAAGAACAUUUUUGGGACGCCAGAAUUUGUUGCUCCAGAAAUUGUGAACUAUGAGCCCCUGGGCCUGGAGGCUGACAUGUGGAGCAUCGGCGUCAUCACCUACAUCCUCCUCAGUGGAGCAUCCCCUUUUCUGGGAGACACGAAGCAGGAAACACUGGCAAAUAUCACAGCAGUGAGUUACGACUUUGGUGAGGAGUUCUUCAGCCAGACCAGCGAGCUGGCCAAGGACUUCAUUCGGAAGCUUCUGGUUAAAGAGACCCGGAAACGGCUCACGAUCCAAGAGGCUCUCAGACACCCCUGGAUCACGCCUGUGGACAACCAGCAAGCCCUGGUGCGCAGGGAGUCCCUGGUCAACCUGGAGAACUUCAAGAAGCAGUACGUCCGCAGGCGGUGGAAGCUCUCCUUCAGCAUCGUCUCCUUGUGUAACCACCUCACCCGCUCCCUGAUGAAGAAGGUGCAGCUGAGGCAGAAUGAGGACCUGAGGAAUUGUGAGAGUGACACAGAGGAGGACAUCGCCAAAAGGAAAGCCCUCCACCCCCGGAGGAGGAGCAGUACCUCCUAACCGGCCAGGCUCAAGGUGGCCACCAGGGAGGCCUGGGCCCCGCAGGGCUCCUUUCUAUGCAGACUCUUGGACCCCGCUUGUCGCCAGCACCCAGGCAUUCUGCAUCCCUGAGCACUUUGCAAGAGAGAGGGGCAUGCAGGAUUCAGAAGCAUUAGCGGCGGAGCCAGGAGACCCUGGGAUCUGUGGCUGUCACCUCCUGGGCAUGCAGGGGACGCCAGCAUUCCCAAAGCUCUUAAUCCUCCACAAAAUGGGCUUUCACCUGCUGCCAACCUCAGAACCUGGGAUGGGGAUGUGGACCUAAGAAAAUGAUGCAGAUGACCAUCAUCAUCAUGGGUGAAGGUCAGAUUCAGGCAGCUUUCCUCACAGGACGAGGGAGUUCAGAACCAGCCUGGUCAAAACUUACACCAGGAAGACAGAGGCCUCCCCCAUGGGAACAAGAUAAGGAGUGAAGUGAAUCUUGGAGUGUGAGGGACCAAUCCUGUGACCUCCCAGAACCCACAUGGAGUCCACGUGUCAUGCUGGCCAACAUAUCAAACCUUCUAAAGCAGCCCAUUUUCAGCCCACUGUGUUGUAAUUUUUUUCACUUUUAUUAAACUUCUGGUUUACCUGAUGCUCGGCUUCUUUUAGGACUCUCCCGAUCUGAUUUUCUUUAGCUCAGGUGCCUGUGACUGUCGGGGAGCACCUGGGGUGCUGAGUGGAUAGCACCUCCGAGGGUCAUACUGAACCACCCCCUCUGGACUGCAGGGUGCCUACCUUCUACAUCCUUCCCUAAAGGAGUGCAGCCCAAGAAAAUCAGCCCAGAUACCAGCAUAUAAUGCCUGUGCUCCCUCCGCUACGACGACAGUCACCCCUGCUGGUGUGGACUGAGUUGUGUCUCCCAACCUCUGGUACCACUGAGUAUUUGGAGACAGGUCUUUAAAGAGGUAAUUAAGGUAAAAUGAGGUCACUGAGGUGGACCCUAAUCCAAUACGACUGGUGUCCUUAUAAGAAGAGAGAUCGGGACACACAAGACCAUAUGAAGAGACAGUGAGAAAGCGACCAUCUACAAGCUAAAGAGAGAGGCCUCAGAAGAAGCCAACCCUGCCAAGACUCAAUCUCAGACUUCUGGCCUCCAGAACUAUGAGAAAAUAAAUUUCUGUUGUUUAAGCCACCCAGACUGUGCUUCUUUGUUGAGGCAGCUCUAUAGAACUAAUACACCUGCCAACGAUGGCCAAGAUAGGGGCAGGGGGCUUUAUGAAAAUGUGGUUGGAGAAGGUCAAAGAGGGACCUACAGGGAGAAAGGAGAGGAAAAAAAAGAUGGAUUACCUGGACCCUUGAGUGAGGAUGGCAAGAGAACUUUGACAACGUAGAAAUCUGGGCCCUGCUUUCCAGGCCAAAAGAAUGGUGGUGCUGAUCAGAAACCCAAGAGAAGACCCUUGGAAGCCAGAAGUAAAAAGGGUCAGGGUGAGGCACCAAGGCUGAGAAAGUACAUGGGAAGAGGUGGGAAGAAAGGGAGAGAAGUUUUGGAAGGUGAGUGAGGGAAAGUGUGCCAGGAAGGAAAGAGGGGAAGAAAAUAAGGGUGGAAAGGAAAGGGUACGGGGAGAAGGGGAGGCAUCCUUUCCCUUUGUCAGCAGCAAGUUUUAAGCACAUUGUGUGAGAGUGGGCCCAGCGGCCCUCAUCCAGUGAAUGAUCCAGGGCAAAAUGGCCCCACAGAAACAGAAAGGCAGUCCAGUUUCAGAAAAGCUUCCAGCCAGAAAUGGAGUGGCCUGCAAGCUUGUUGAAGAAAGCUCUGCCGUUGCCUUGUAGUUCUUGGACGUCCCAGUUCUCAGGAGGAUCCAGCUCUGUGCCACCCUCCAGCCUCUGGAGGAUAGCCGAGGCUGAGAACUGCUAACUGUGUUCAGGGCCCCUGGGUCAUGGCUGUGGCUGGUCACAUAGAUCAGCAGGGAAUGUUCUAGAACAAGGGCUCCUGGGCGCUCCUAGGAAGUAAAAUGUGGUAGCGAGUAGGCGGCUGCCCUCCUGCUAGGAAAGAGGGCAGUGAAUGGCUUUGACAAACCCAGUCUUGCGUUUCCAAUCAUGACCAAAGGGUAAGCCUUUUGGAACUUGUCUGGCCCAACCACUGCAUUGUACUGAAGAGGAAAUUGAAGCCGAGAGAGAGGAAGUGACUAGUUCUGCUUCACACAGCAAAUUUGUGAAAAUGUCUGAUGAAAGCCCAGACUUCCUGACUCCUAGUACUGUGCUCAUUUCUUCAGCUUGAUAACUGUGGGAGACCUUUCAGGAAAUGGAUGGACACUUUGCUUUGCGUCAUUUUAAACAUGCUCUCAUCUGUCCUUUACUGUUGCCUGCCUUGUCCUUCAUUUCUGGAAAUGGAAGAAAUGAUCACACUUGCUUCUUUCCAUCUUUGCAAAGGGCACUGCCCCUGAGUGGGGAUAGCUCGGCAGCCAACCUCCAUGGGCUGCAAGUCGGUCAGUGAACCGAUAUUUACUGGGCUCCUACUAUAUGCCUAGGACUGUUCUAGAUGCCAGGGUUAGAACAAUGAACAGGACAGACAUGAUACUUCCCCUACAGGGGUCUACGUUCUGUAAAGUCCUGGGAAUCCAGGACUCCAUCCUACUUAUAGGCUGCUCCUCCCCCUUCCUUCUCAUCCAGAUUAUAUAAAGCCCUGUUGACUGGGUCCCCCUCAGCCCAGCUCUCUGGGGUUUGAAGGCACCCGCUGGGGUUCCCAAAUCCCUCAGGAAGCACAGGGCCAGGCAGUGGGCAGAGAGGAGCCUUUGAAGAUGUGCAUCCUUUGAGGAUGACUUUGACACCUAGCAGCCCGAAGCCAAGCAUCUGUGCCAAUCCCAUAGAGGGCCCCAGUCCCUGUGGCCUCUCGGCUGGCAGAUGGCUGGUGCCCUCCAGGUGUGAGGAGGUGUGAAACAGCUGGCCCAGGGGAACUAGGUGUUCUGGGUUAGUUCUGAAGAAGGCUGUGUUGACCAGCUGACACUUCAAGAGACCACAGUGUGCCCUGAGGCGAAUGGAA